CUGUCCGUUCACCGAGACAUGGAUACCGUGUCACAGGUAUGGUCUAGUUGGAAACGAAACACUGUACAGAACUAUGUGGCCAAAUUCAUUUGAAAAGAAUCACUGCUUUGAUAGUGUAAUGGCUGCCUGUAUUUCAAUCUAAAUCUAAGUCUAAUUCCAAAUGGUAAAUCUAUCCAGAUACCUGUUCAUAAAGUGUUUUUCUAAAACUGUACUCCAAUCUAAAUCUAAUUCCAAAUGGUAAACCUGUGGAUAAGUGCUUAAUACGGAGACAAGAGACAAGAGACAAGAAGUGAAGGAUUUCACUUCAUCCUGAAGCCGCUGACAUUAAUAUUCUAGAUAUGGAGAGAAAACCUCUAACACAGCCACCAGCUGAUGUCCACGAUUCCCAGAACUCCAGUCUGGCAGAAAAGCUCAAGAGUCACUACAGAGAAAACAAAUCAAAGAACUUCCACGAACGAGUCGACGCUUGGACGCAAUUCAUGAUUAAACUUCCGCUUCCGCUACCAUUGCUUGUGACGACUGUGUUCGUCACGUGGUACUAUGGCGUCACAGAGAUGGUGCCCGAGCUCUAUGGGGGUUACGGAUCACUGAUGCAGUAUUUACAGAUAUUAAUAGGAUCGGUUCUCGCCUGGCAAGUGUUUGUGUUUUGGUGUGCGAUCCGCUUCGUUGAUUCGUCGUAUAAAACCUUCAGGAAGAUUCUAAGCCAAUCAGGACCCUGUUCUACCAUUAUGCAACGUGUUUUCGUUAACAACUCGAAUACAAAAGACUACGAAAUGUGUCGAUUAAAAACAGACGAUCUCAAGAGUGAUUCUAAUUGGGAAACCAACAAACACAACUCGACUUUAUUAAAUCAAGACUCGUAUUCAACAAAAGACGAACGUUCUUUCAGCAGUCGUAAACAACACGAGAAUGGACGAACCUCGGUGUGGGCGUCCUAUCUGUUGCCGGGUUACUGCCUGAUUUGCAAUGACGUCAAACCACCGAGGUGUCACCACUGCCCGGUCUGUGACGUAUGCGUCUUGAAACGAGACCACCACUGUUACUUCGCAGGCUCGUGUGUCGGGUGGAGAAACCACAGAUACUUCAUAGUGUUUUGCUUCUGGGCGUCGCUUAGCAGCAGUUACGUGUCCGUCCAUCUUUUCUACUUCAUUCACAAGACACUCUGGUCAUCUAUGACCUACGUCGACCUAUUCGCGCCGUGUGCAGUCUUGCGGUGUAUUAUCGGAAGUACGUCACUUCCUGUGGUAAUUUAUAUCUGCUUGGCGUCAUCUCAUCUGUACUGCAUUCUGCUUGGUACGAAAUUUGUAGUAGAACACUUAUACUUGGUGACAAAGGGGUUAACGACGUUUGAAAAUAACCCCAGGAGGAAGGGACUGCGGGUUGUUGAUACGAGGACGGUUAAUGACAAAUUCAGAAGUGUCUUUGGUAAAUACUAUCUAAUGAACUGGUUGAUGCCCACACAUCGUUUCUUCCCGCCCGUUGAAGAUCCGGUAAAUUGGCCAACCGUUAAAACAUAUUGAAGACGAACAUUGGUGAGUUCCUCCCAAAUCAUCGACUACAGAAGCUCUGGUAAAUUGGCCAACCGUUAAAACAUAUUGAGGACGAACAUUGGUGGGUUCCUCCCAAAUCAUCGACUACAGAAGAUUGAAGCUCCGGUAAAUUGGCCAACCGUUAAAACAUAUUGAAGACGAACAUUGGUGGGUUCCUCCCAAAUCAUCGACUACAGAAGCUCUGGUAAAUUGGCCAACCGUUAAAACAUAUUGAAGACGAACAUUGGUGAGUUCCUCCCAAAUCAUCGACUACAGAAGCUCUGGUAAAUUGGCCAACCGUUAAAACAUAUUGAGGACGAACAUUGGUGGGUUCCUCCCAAAUCAUCGACUACAGAAGAUUGAAGCUCCGGUAAAUUGGCCAACCGUUAAAACAUAUUGAAGACGAACAUUGGUGGGUUCCACCCAAAUCAUCGACUACAGAAGCUCCGGUAAACUGGACAUUAAACGUACUAGUACAUGGCUCAAUUUAA